AUGGCGAGGACAAGAAAGGCUGAGAGCUUCACUGCGGACUCCAAGUCGUCGAUCCAGUAUAUCCUCAACCCUGCGUCCACUUGCUUAUCACUGCUAUCGACGGACGAGUGCUUGGGCAAUCGCAAGGCGCGCGACAGUGCCAAGCGCCGCCAGUGCGAAGUCGGCGGCUGCACACAUUUCAUCGCGAGCCGGCAUCGAUGUAUUCGGCACGGGAGGAGUGCGAUGCAGCCAUUCCAAUUGCUCAAGCGGCGCGAAACAGAACGGGCUGUGCUGGACUCACGGAGGAUGGAAAACGUGCACUGUGGAGGGCUGCAGCAAUCGAACGAAGGCACGGGGCUUGUGCUGGAGCCACGGAGGCGGAAAGAAGUGCCAGUCGCAUGGAUGUUCCAAGACCGCCCUUCGAUAUGGAUGGUGCUGGGCCCAUGGCGGAGGCAAGCGCUGCCAACAAACGGGAUGCCAUCGGCCUGGCUACGAGCGGCUUGGACACUUCUGCCGGGCACAUUGCAGUGUAUAAACGAUGUCAUUCAAUGUUGA